AUUCUCGCUGCCCUUUCGCGUGCUGCAGCUUGCGCUCGCGCCGCGCACCGGAACACAGCGUUAUUGCAUCAUGGACUGAUUUGGACAUCUAGAAAAGCGAGAAAUCGGACGACACUGUAAAAAAAAAAGCCACACACACACACAGCAGGGAAGACUGAUGCAUCAAGGUUGCACCCGAGUUUCCUUGGAUAAUCUGUGAAACCAUCAUCAUGACCAAAGACGACGAGAUCCCCGACUGGGUGGGAGCUCAGGAGUUCUAUGAAAAAUAUGAUCCCAAGGAGAUCCUUGGAAGGGGAGUUAGCAGUGUGGUGCGACGCUGUGUAAAUAAACGUACAGCUCAGGAAUAUGCGGUCAAAAUCAUUGACAUAACACCGUCUGAUAAAAUGUCACCUCAGGAGAUUGAGGAGAUCAGGGAAGCCACAGUGAAAGAGAUCGAGAUCCUGAGGAAAGUGUGUGGGCAAGAGAACAUAAUUCAGCUGAAGGACUGCUAUGAGACAAAAUCCUUCUUCUUCUUGGUCUUUGACCUAAUGAGAAAAGGGGAGCUGUUUGAUUAUCUCACUGAGAAAGUUACACUGAGUGAGAAAGAGACAAGAAAGAUUAUGCGUGCCCUGCUGGAAGUGGUGAGCUUCCUUCACUCCCAGAACAUAGUUCACAGAGACCUGAAGCCUGAGAACAUCCUCCUAGAUGACAACAUGAACAUCAAACUGACCGAUUUUGGCUUCGCCGUACAGAUUGAGCAAGGGCAGAAGCUUAAAGAGGUAUGUGGAACACCAGGUUAUUUGGCUCCAGAAAUCAUCGAGUGCUCCAUGGAUCCUCAUCAUCCAGGCUAUGGCCCUGGAGUGGAUAUCUGGAGUGCUGGUGUGAUCAUGUACACACUGCUGGCUGGAUCUCCUCCAUUCUGGCACAGGAAACAGAUGCUGAUGCUCCGCAUGAUCCUGGCAGGAAACUAUCAGUUCACAUCGCCAGAGUGGGACGAUCGCUCAGACACCAUUAAAGAUCUAAUCUCCAAAAUGUUGGUGGUGAAUCCAGAGCAGCGCUACACAGCCAACGACGCCUUAAAUCACCCAUUCUUUCAGCAGUAUGUGGUGGAGGAGGUGCGGCAUUUCAGCCCAUACAGGAAGUUUAAAGUGAUCUGUAUGACCGUCCUCGCUUCAGUGCGCAUUUACUGCAAUUAUCGUCGUGCUAAACCUGUCACUAAGGACGUGAUCAAGAGUGACCCCUAUGCAGUGAAACCAAUUCGCAAACUCAUCGAUGCCUGUGCAUUCAAGAUCUACGGACACUGGGUGAAGAAGGGCCAGACGCAGAACAGAGCGGCCUUAUUCGAGAACAGCCCAAAGGCCAUUUUACUCUCUAUAGCAGCUGAGGCUGAAAAUUCCUCAUUGCGUACAUGGUAGAUGAAAUCGAGACAUCUGAAUUGACGGAAACUGGGAAAGUGUCUUGAUCGAGAAUGUUAAUGUUAUUUUAAAUUCAGGAAACUGACUUCUGAUCUUAUUUCAUAAUGGUAAAUGUGCACAUUUUAUCUAUAAUUUAUUUGAAAAUACAGAGAGCAGCUCUAAAAUGUACUGUAAAAGAGAAAUGCUCUAAAUGAAUUAAUUUUGUUUGACAUUAUGGAAGCUGAAAUAUUUGCAUAUCUCCAGGGGGUCAGCAAUACGUGUAUGUUAAAACCUUAUUAAUAAGCUUUCACAUACCUCAUAUAUGUACAGUGUAGCUAGAAAUGGGGUUUUAACUAUGUACACUAAACUAUUUAGCUUGUUAGAUGCUAAGUAAAAUGUAAGCUGCAUUAUUAAAAGAUGAGUUCUAUUUUACCCCUUUUAAGAGGCUGAGAAUCAACUGAAUAUCUUCUUGUGCACAUGCAAGUGAGCAUAGAUUUAUUUGUGGAUAAGUAAAAGCAUAGCACAGCACAGUGGUCAGCACUUCUCUGGGUUUUAAAGGGACAAAGAAUGCCUGUGCCAAAGAGACUGGUGUCAGCUCCAACCAUUGUGCUGGAGUACAUUACGAGUCUACACAAGAAGCCAAACUAAAAUCCACAAAAAACUGCCUUUACUAUAGCAAUCACAUCAUCAAUAAGGGAGAGGGAACACUGCAUGCGCUGUUGAUAAGCCGAACUUUAAAGUACUGGUGUCCAGAUAACUCUACAGGGAGUGUAUCCUAAUCAUGGGCAUUAGUUAGAUGCAUGCUGCUGCUACCAGGGCAUCAUGAUGCACUUACUCAAGGUUUAGUCUAUAGUUUCAGUCUAAGUCUAUAGGUCCGAACACCUUUCUACUUAGUCCUAAAAUUGUGUCUGUUCCUCUUGACAUUGUGGCAUAGGUUAUCAAGGUAAAUCUCCUCAAUUCUCCCUGCAAGUUAAGAUAUUUAACAUACACAUCUAAAACAUUUAAUACAUGUUAUACACCCAUAUUGACAUCAUUACAAUGACACAUUCUGUCUCAAAAAACUUUCACAGUACAGUCUGAUCACACCAAAAUGUGUUAAUCUCUAACCAAAAAAUAAAUAAAUAAAUAAACGUUUUCUCAGUACAUUCACGACAGAAGCAAGAACUUUCAAUGUUUAUACUAUAUACAAUAUCGGGAUUCAGAUCUAUAUAUGCAUUGUAGAGAUCUGAAUGUAGUGGCACGUGAUUGGAUGCGAUGGCUCCUGUCGCCUGUCUAUCAGCAGAAGGUCCCGCCCCUAACCUUUACGCCCAUACACACCCACACCCUGUGUGUAGUACCGAUGCUGACACGGUUACAGCGAGGCGAAGACGUUUAUUCAUCUGGCUAUUAAAAGAUGAACUGAGGAAUGUGGGUCUGAGAUAAUAAAAUCCGCUACAACUCGUUUUAAUAUAUAUUUAUUGUUUGGCGCUUCUUAAAAAAACAACACUGCUAUCUAACCAUAUCAAACAACUCUAUAACCGGCUUUCGCUAGGAAUUCUGGGAAACUUUAUGCGUCAGG